AUGAUGACGAGGAAGAUUAAAAAAAUAAAAGCAGUUUCCAACAACGAAAAUCCUAAUAAAACUGUGGUGCAAAAAACAAAAAAAUCAAAUUCAAGAGCCAAACGUCUAAAGGAUGUAACGAAUAACACUAAUAAAAAUAUUAUGAAAGCAGUGAUUUCAGAAAAAAAUGCCGGUAAAAAUAAAUCUGAAUCGAGAAAAAGUAAAAACAUAAAUAAAACAGAAACGCUGAGUAAGAGUUCUUCAAACACAAACAUGGCAUCAGUUGCGUAUGAAGAAAUAAUUCUAGAACAACCAUCAACUUUACCAGAUAUAGAUGACAACGGAACAAUACUUACUGAAUGUGCUAAACUUGAAAAAUUUCAGCUGAAUACAAAAUGUUUUUUAAAAUUAGAAGAUAUAAUGAAAAGUCAAAACACAACAGUUAAAACAAAGAAGCAAGAAAUGAAACAGUGUACUAAAACAACAACUGAAUCCUCAUCUAAUUUACCCGAUCAAAAUGAAAGACUACCUGUUAUAAGUGCAUCCUUUAGAGGUUCAGGGCGUAGAAAAUCUAUAAGGUUAAGCAAUCGUAGACAAACGGAUCCAGUUGGGUAUAAAGAGGAACCAGCCGAACCAGGUACUUCAGAAACAAUUAUAGAAAACUCAUCAACUCUACCAGAUACAGAUGACAAUGAAGGAUCGGUGCACAAAAAACCCAAAACCAAACAAGUUACUUUCGAAAAAAAUCGACACAAAAAAAGAUUUACUUCAAAUAAACACCUCAAGGAUAAAUCAAAUAGUAACAAUAUCAAAGAAAAAAAUGCCAUAGAAAAUGACUCUGAAUCGAGAAAACGUAAAAACAUAAAUAAAACAGAUACGCUGAGUAAGAGUUCUUCAAACACGGAAUCAGUUGGGUAUGAAGACAAACAAUUAACUGCAGAAAUAAUUGAAGAAAACUCAUUAUAUAUACCAUAUGAAGAUGACAAUGAAACAGCAUACUUUAAAGAUCCAGGGCGUAGAAAAUCUAGAUUCUUUAACAAACCCACAGAAAUGGAUUCAGUUGAGUAUAAAGAGGAACAAUGUACUGCGGAAAUAAUUGAAGAAAACUCAUCAAAUUUACCAGAUAAAGAUGACAAUGAAAUAGCAUCUUUGGAAUGUCCAGAGCGAAGAAAAUCUAGAUGGUUGAUCAAUCCCAUAAAAAUUGAAUCAGUUGGGUAUGAAGUGGAACCCAAGGUUCCUGAAGGUACUUCAGGAACAGUUCUAGAAAAGUCAUCAACUUUAUCAGAUAUAGAUGACAGCGAAACAAUUCUAACUGAAAGUGCUAAACUUGAAAUUGUACAGAAUAUGAAAUUUUCGGGCAAUUUAGAAAAACUAGAAGAUACAACGAGAAGUCAAAUUACAACAAUUAAAAUAGAGUACCACGAAAUAAAACAAUGCUUUGAAACAGCAACUGAAUGUUCAUCAAAUUUAUCAGAUACAGAUGACAAUGAAGUACUACUUACUGAAAGUUCUAAACUUGAAAUGGAAUGUUUAACAAAAUCCAAUAGUAAGCUCAAAAGAAAAUUAUCUAACGUUAAAGUUAUAGUUGAAGAACUACAGGAUCGUCUUAAACGUUUUAAGUCUUCAUAA